AUGGCAAAAUUGUGGCAUUACAUCCAAGAGAAAAUUCCAUUUCUGAAACCAAAACCCGAACAACCUCGUACUGUUCUUAUUCCUCUUCCACCAAAGAGUAAGAAGUAUUGUUCCAAUAAAGUCGAGAACAACCGAUACACAUAUGCCAAUUACGUCUUCAAAUGUCUUUUCAAUCAGUUUAAAUACUUUUAUAACUUGUACUUCUUAGUCACCGCACUCUCCCAAUUUAUUCCAAUUCUUCAAGUUGGGUAUCGGUUCACUUAUACAAUGCCUCUGGCCUUUGUGGUCAUACUCGCAAUGGCCAAAGACGCGUACGAUGACAUUCGAAUUCGAAUCCGCGAUGGG